UUUUCUGACGCGUGAGCUGGCAGUUAUGCCUUGGCUUCUCCCAACUCUCAAGCUGCUUCCCGCCGUCCCAAGCGCACGCGGUUUCUCAGGUUAGACUUUCCUCCCGCCAGGUCCCCUCGGGGGGACCCGAGUUGGUCUCAGUCGGUCCCUGAUUCUGCCAGCCCUUCUCCUGCUGGGGCCUCCGAGGACUUCAUAUUUACCCGCUACUCCUGGCAAAGGGUGGGCCUUGUGUUCUUUCUACAUGAGGUAUUGGGAAGCUGAAAUGACUGCCCAGAGAAGUGUGUGCCAUCCCCCAGAGGGACUGUCUUCAGUUACUCGGACUCAGAAGUUGUGUCAGUUGUCAUCGCAUUUGUUUAGGUGACAAAAUCAGCUCUUGUUUCUGUUGAGUCAACGUAAAAUCCUAUUUUCCUGUGUUCAAAGAAUUGAUUCGGGAGCUGGCCCCAGAAUGCACGCGAAAGUGUUUAUUACAAAUCUUUUGGGCAGUUCCGCUUAGAAGAGCUGAGAAUACUCUGGGGCUUUUUGUACCUGAAACUUCUUGUAAUGACAAGAUGAAGGAGCCCAGGAACGGGGGAAACCCUUGUUUUGUCGAUGAGCGCUAUUUGCAAUCAGAAAUCUGAUAACUGUAAAGUGUAGCGAAAACUGAAUCAUCUACCUUGCAGGCAGAUCUGCCACUGGAUCGUAUUUCAAUUUGGGGAGGCAAUAUGUGAACCAGAGCAUGUGAUAUUUGACAAAAAGCUGCGUCUUGGCAUUUGUUUAUGAUGAUGUACUUGGAUUCACCGAAAGUGAGAUGAUGAAUGAGAUGAUUCACCGAAAGCGAGAUGAAAUGUUAAUUAUACUUACUUCCUUUUUUUGUAAAAAAUAAAUCACCAUCCAGUGGGCAAAACUUACUCUUCAGUUCUAAUACAUACUAAAGCAGCAUGCAGAAAUCUGUCCUGGUUGAAGAUGCGUGUGGUGUUCACAGCGAAGAUACUCCCUCCAGCCCAUGCCUGAGAGGAGGGUUCCCCACCGGUACCUGGGCCAGCCCAGCCCCUUCACACACCCUCAUCUCCUCAGACCAGGGGAGGUCACACCAGGACUGUCUCAGGUGGAAUAUGCACUUCGCAGACACAAACUAAUGUCUCUGAUCCACAAAGAAGCCCAUGGGCAGAGCGGGACAGACCAGACAGUGGUUGUGCUCUCCAACCCUACGUACUACAUGAGCAACGAUAUCCCCUACCCUUUCCACCAGGACAACAACUUCCUGUACCUGUGUGGAUUCCAGGAACCCGAUAGCAUUCUGGUCCUCCAGAGCCUCCCCGGCAAGCAGUUACCGUCACAUAAGGCCAUACUUUUUGUGCCUCGAAGAGACCCCGGUCGGGAGCUUUGGGACGGUCCCCGAUCUGGCACCGAUGGAGCUGUGGCUCUAACUGGAGUGGAUGAAGCCUAUCCCCUAGAAGAGUUCCAGCAUCUGCUACCCAGAAUGAAAGCGGAGUCGAGCACGGUUUGGUAUGACUGGGCGAAGCCUUCGCACACACAGCUUCACUCUGACUGCAUGCAGCACCUGACGGAGGCCAAGGCCAGGAGUAAGAACGGGGUCCAGGGUGUCCAGCACCUGAUCCAGCGCCUGCGGCUCGUCAAAUCUCCUGCAGAAAUCGAGAGAAUGCAGAUCGCUGGCAAGCUGACAUCGCAGGCUUUCAUAGAGACCAUGUUUGCCAGUAAAGCCCCGGUGGAGGAAGCCUUCCUCUAUGCCAAGUUUGAAUUUGAAUGCCGGGCGCGCGGGGCAGACAUCCUGGCCUACCCACCUGUGGUUGCUGGCGGGAACCGGUCUAACACUUUGCACUAUGUGAAGAAUAAUCAGCUCAUCAAGGAUGGGGAAAUGGUGCUCCUGGAUGGAGGCUGUGAGUCUUCCUGCUACGUGAGCGACAUCACUCGGACCUGGCCUGUCAAUGGCAGGUUCACCACACCUCAGGCGGAACUCUAUGAAGCUGUCCUGGAGGUCCAGAGAGCCUGCCUGGCCCUCUGCUCGCCGGGGACGAGCCUGGAGAACAUCUACAGCAUGAUGCUGACGCUGAUCGGGCAGAAGCUGCGAGAGCUGGGGAUCGUGAGGAGCAGCAAGGAGAACGGCGCCUUCAAGGCUGCUCGGAAGUACUGCCCUCACCACGUGGGCCACUACCUUGGGAUGGACGUCCAUGAUACCCCAGACAUGCCGCGCUCCCUCCCGCUGCAGCCCGGGAUGGUGAUCACCAUUGAGCCAGGCAUUUAUGUCCCGGAGGAUGACAGAGACGCUCCAGAGAGGUUUCGGGGUCUCGGUGUGCGAAUUGAGGAUGACAUAGUGGUGACGCAGCACUCGCCUCUCGUCCUCUCCGCAGAGUGCCCCAAAGAUCUGAAGGACAUUGAACAGAUCUGCAGCAGGGCGUCCUGACCCCGCCACGGCCCACGGCUGCGCCUCUUCCGCCCGCCAGGCCACGCUGCUGAUGCGCAGAGUCGGGUGUGCGGGCUCUGUUACGUAGGUGGAAAUCUGGAAAAGUGAACUUUGGAAUGGUUUGUUACGACAGCUUUAGUGACAUGAAUUCUGUAGUUGAAUUUUUGAACAGAAAGUGAGGCCUUGCAGUAUAUGUCUACGCAUUCCAGUGAGCACACUUGAGCACACCGGCAGCUCUCUGCUCUCUUUGGGCCCUUCCCUCCCUGCACUGCUCUGAGACCCAGCUGGUAUCACGUAGACAUCCUGCAGUGCCUGCAUUCUGAGCUCACAGUCUGCCUAAGCGGAGCGCCCCCCGCAGUGACCUGGGGAGCCAAGCCCACCUUCCCCGGGUCCCGCCUUCCUCUUCCAGGAGCCUCAGGAGCCCUCAGGGUCUCUUUCCGGGCAGCCAGUCCCGAUUCCAGCAGCAACAGGUACUGAACAAAGCAGUUUUGAGCCAUCCUUGCCACUUGCUGGAGCUUAGAGAGUAUGUAGUUCUUCAUAAAAAAGGAAAUGGAAGAAAAAGCAAAACAUGUAUGUGUCCACCUCAGAUCCAGACGUCCAGCCGUCCGUCCUCUUUAAAGAGGGCUCCUUCCCCAGACAAACAUGCUUGCUUCAUAGGUUUGGGGUUUUGUUUGGAGAUGGAGGGCUCACCGUGUUGCCAGGCUGGUCUCAAACUUGUGGACUCAAGCGAUCAUCCCACCUCAGUCUCCCAAAGUAGCUGGGAUGACAGGUGCACCACAUGGCACCUGGCUCCUUCAUAGGUUCUUAAUGCAUCAGCCCUCAGAGCUCACCCACGAAGCUACUGAACUGGCAAAGGCAGCAACUGUACUAAAAGCCAGAGUAGCGUGGGUGUGGUGGCACACUCCUGUAAUCCCAACACUCAGAAGGCUGAGGCAGGAGGAUCUCCGUGAGUUCUAGGCCAGCCUGAAGUAUAUGGUGAGACUGUGUCAACCCCUGACCCAAAAUGUAUUUUAUGUGCAUCUUCUUUCAGAACAUAUGUGGGUCUCUCUCCCUACCCCUUCAGUGGUAGGGGUCAAACCCAGGGCCUCAUGCAUGCCAGACAAGUGCUGUGCCACUGAGCUGCACCCCCAGCCCCUCCAUUAGCUUUUCUAAGGUCAGAAAGGGAAAAGCCUUGCCAUGGUCAUUCUGUCUUGAAAUUAAGGUCCAUAAAACAAAUCUCCAGAUGAAGACACCGGAUCUCCUCAAAACAGAGAAAACCAGUGUUGCUCUGUUCUCCAGACACCUGUCACGCACGCCUUCUUUGGCUUUGCUACAACACUGCAGUGUGACGCUUGGUGCUGCUCCCUCUCCCAUGCCCACGUUGGUCACGAGGGUCACUCAGCCAGGCUGCCCUGGCCCCCCGGGCCCCUUGUCCCAGUGUUCCCAGUGACCGCCACAGUAAAACAGUUGAAUUUGCACUGGGAUCCGCCUACCCGCUGGUAGAUGCCAGCGGAGCCUGUGUGUGACAGAAAGCGAGGGCCCAGGAAGGACCCUGCACGGAAGAGUGUUUACAGCGCGCUUAAUGUUCCUCUGGGUCUCCCGCGGGAGGAGCCGCAGCCCGGAAUUGAGGAGGGGGAGCUUUUCAGCCUGCAGGAGCACGCUGAGCAGAAGGUUCCCGGUGCCUGUGGAGUGACGGAGGCAGCGGCAUCGCCACUCCCUGCGCUGCCACAGAACCCUCACCUUUGCUCCUCCCAGGAGCGUCGGGGCCCUUGCGUCAGGGUCCCUUGGACUCGUGCCUCCUGGCUGUGUUCCGCGAGGGUCUGGGGAGCUGCUCUUCCCUAGCACCUCUUAAUGCUUUCUGUGGCUUACGUGCAACCAUCUAAGUUCAGUUUGGACAAAAGGCUGUUACUUUCAAGGCCCUAUGCAUUGAAAAUAGACAUGUCACUCCUCAACCAGGGGAAGCAUCUGUUACGGUCACUUUUUAAAAUACAAAACAAUAUAGAAACGUC